AUGACCACGGACGAGUUCAAGGAGUAUCUUGCGAACCACUACAAUACUCUCGCCUGGUAUGGCCCUUCGGAGUGCACGGACGAGGCGCAGCCAGUUGAUGCAGGAGCCGGACGAUUUCUCAAGGUGGAAGUCGGGAGGCAGAUGGACAUAUGGCUCGAGCAGUCGGACAACCUCGAGAGGUGGGAAACCGCGUCGCUGACAGCUUCUGAUCGGCGCGUCCUGAUCGCUCAGUGGAUGGGAGCGGCCAUGGCAAGACUCAACAGCCAACAGGCGUACCGAUACCGCCUUUUCGAAAAGUGCGGGAUAGCCAUGACCGUGGACGGCUCGGGCGAUGAUCAAAUCAUCUUGGAGGGUUUGGACAAGCCGUAUACCUUCGCUAACGAUGAAGACAGUAGCGACGACGAACAAGGUUCGGAGAACGGCAACGAUGAGCCUGAGGGGCGGGCGGAGGAGGACGAUGGAGGACGUGAGACGCUCAUGGAGGGCGUUGACUCCAGCGAUGAAGACGACGGCGCUCUUCUGGACGACGACGACAGCAUGGACCCACAAGACCCGGAGGAUGAGAUACAGGGAAUGGAGAUCCCGGCAGGCUUUCGUAUUCAAGAAGCUAAACCGGUUGCUCUUGACAGAUUGCUUUUGCGGCGUGGAGUGCUCGUUAGGCUGGGCAUGGGGUGGUUUGGAGGGUUGAUCACUCAACAAUCAAUCUCAGAAGGACACUCGCCACCUGUACGACUACUGUGUGCAGCUGGAACUAGACCAGAGCUCAACAAGGCAGUUUGGUAG